AUGAGCUGGCGCGACUUUGUGCCGUUCGUCAAGAACGAGGGCAAGAUCCGGCUCGGCGAGGCCGAGGAGGAGCGCCGGCACGCCUACCCGGACGACGAGACGGCGACGGGCAAGAACGGCGACGACGAGUACAUCGAGCCCGAGUGCCCGAGGCUGCGCGCCAACAUCUUUCAGCGCCUCACGUUCAGCUGGAUGACGCCCAUGAUGAAGACGGGCUACCGCAAGUUCCUCACCGAGGAGGACCUGUGGGCUCUGCCGCCCGACGACACCGCUCGCGCCCUCGGCGACCGACUCGAGAAGGCGUGGCAGUCGCGCCGUGACCAGCUCGCGCACAAGGCGGGCUCGCCGUCGGCGCUCCCAGGCCAAGAAGCUUCCGCGUUCGGCGGCCCUUUUUUCCUCGCGGCCGUCUUCAAGCUCGGGCAAGACACCUUGGCCUUCCUCCAGCCGUGGCUCCUCAAGCGCCUCCUCCAGUUCGUCGGCUCGUACAACAGCCCGACGGGCGAGCCGGCCUUCCACGGCUACGCCUUGGCCCUGGGCAUGUUCCUGUGCGCCAUCACGCAGACGCUCCUCCUGCACUGCUACUUCUCGCGCGUGUUCGAGACGGGCAUGCGCGUGCGCACCGGCCUCAUCUCGCUCAUCUACAAGAAGGCUCUCGUUCUCGCUCCGGCCGAGCGCGGUGGACGUCUGACGGGCGACAUCGUCAACCUCCAGUCGACCGACGCGACCCGCCUCCAGGACUUGUGCACGUACGGCCAAAUCGCCUGGUCGGGCGUCUACCAGAUCACGCUCGCCUUCAUCUCGCUGUACAGCCUCCUCGGCUUCACCAUGCUCGUCGGCGUCGCCGUCAUGAUCGCCAGCAUGCCGCUCACGGCCGCCAUCGCCCGGUACCAGACCAAGCUGCAGCGCCAGCAGAUGAAGAACAAGGACGCGCGCACGUCCAUCAUGAGCGAGAUCCUCAACAACAUUCGCUCGAUCAAGCUGUACGCCUGGGAGGACUCGUUCGCGCAGCGCCUGUUCGACGUUCGCAACAACAAGGAGUUGCGUAUGCUCAAGAAGAUGGGUUACCUGUCGGCCUCGUCCAACUUCCUGUGGUCCUUCACGCCGUUCGCCGUCGCCUUUACGACCUUUGCCCUGUUCUCGACCAUCUCGGGCAAGCCGCUCACGAGCGAGAUCGUGUUCCCGUCAAUCACGCUUUUUCAGCUGCUCGGGUUCCCUCUUGCCGUCCUUCCCGUCGUCUUCUCGUCGCUCGUCGAGGCGUACGUCUCGAUCGACCGCAUCACCGACUUCCUCGUCGCGAAGGAGAUCCAGGCCGACGCCGUCACCGUCUCGCUCCCGUCGCGUGAGCUCCAGGACGGCGACGAGCUCCUCUCGGUCGUGCAGGGCGACUUUACGUGGACGCCGCUCCCGGCACCCGACGCGCCCGCCUCGACGCCGCCGCCGCUCAACCACCUCCAGGACAUCAGCGUCAGCGUCAAGAAGGGUGAGCUCAUCGCGGUCGUCGGGCGCGUCGGCGACGGCAAGAGCUCGCUCCUGAGCGCCAUCCUCGGCGAGAUGAACAAGGUCGACGGCCAGGUCACGGUGCGAGGAACGGUCGCCUACACGGCGCAGCAACCCUGGAUCAUGGGUGGCACGGUCCGCAGCAACAUCACGUUCGGCUUCCGGUACGAGCCCGAGUUCUACGACCUCGUCCUCGAGGCGUGCGCGCUCAAGGAGGACCUCAAGCUCUUGCCGCAAGGCGACGCGACCGAGGUCGGCGAGAAGGGCAUCAGCCUCAGCGGUGGGCAAAAGGCGAGGGUGGCACUCGCUCGCGCCGUCUACGCUCGCGCCGACAUCUACCUCCUCGACGACCCGUUGAGCGCCGUCGACGCGCACGUCGCCGCCCACCUGUUCAACCGCGUGAUCGGGCCCGAGGGCCUUCUCAAGGACAAGGCGCGCCUGCUCUGCACGAACGCCAUCCCGUUCUGCUCGCAAGCCGACCAGCUCCUGUUCCUGCGCAAGGGCGUCGUCCUCGAGCGCUCGACGUACGAGGACGCCAUGCAGGGCGACACCGAGCUGUCGCGCCUCCUCAUCGAGUUCGGCAAGUCGAGCGAGGAGGGCGGGUCCGACUCGGAGGGCGACACGGCCGUCGGCGACACGCCCGUCGUCGUCGGCGACGCGGCCGACGAGAAGGCCGAGGAGCCCAAGCAGGACGAGGCCAAGCUCGACGCCGAGGACCUCGCCGUCAAGCUCAAGAUUGCCGAGAGCCGAGCGCUCACUCACCGCGCCCAGCCCAUCCCGGCCGACGAGCAGAAGCGCGACACGCUCCGGCAACUCAAGCGCAGCAGUCGACCCAAGGAGAACCGCGAGCAGGGCUCGGUCAAGUGGAGCGUCUACAAGGACUACAUCAAGGCCAACGGCUACAUCGGCGUCUUCCUGUACAUCUUCACGAUCGUCUCGCAGCAGCUCCUUCAGAUCGGCACGAACGUCUGGCUCAAGAACUGGUCGCAGCGCAACUCGGAAACGGGCGACAACGAGCACGUCAAGUACUACCUGUCGGUCUACGCCGCCCUCGGCUGCGCGGCGUCGCUCGUCUUCUUCCUCAACGGCGUCCUCCUGUACUCGCUCUGCGUCAUCCGGUCCGCCAAGCUCAUGCACGACAGCAUGUUCAACGCCGUCGUCCGCUCGCCGAUGCGCUUCUUCGAGACGACGCCGAUCGGGACCAUCCUCAACCGCUUCAGUCGCGACGUCUACGUCAUCGACGAGGUCCUCGCCCGCACCUUUGGCGGCUUUGCGCGCACGCUCGCCGGCGUGGUCGGCAUGAUCGUGGUUAUCUCGAGCUCGGCGCCAGCCUUCCUCCUCAUCCUCGUGCCGAUUCUCUUCGUCUACAAGCGCAUCCAGACCUACUACCUCUCCACCUCGCGCGAGCUCAAGCGGCUCGACGCCACGACCAAGAGCCCGAUCUUUGCGUCGUUCCAGGAGACGCUCUCUGGCGUGUCGACCAUCCGCGCCUACCGCCAGAACGCGCGCUUCACGGCCGAGAACGAGGCGUACGUCGACCGCAACCAGAACGCGCUCUUCCCGUCGCUCAACUGCAACAGGUGGCUCGCCGUUCGUCUCGAGUUCCUCGGCGCCGUCCUCAUCUUCUCGACGGCCAUUCUUGCGGUCGCCACCCUCGUCCGCUACAACACCGUCAACGCCGGACUCGUCGGCCUCAUGCUCAGCUAUGCCCUGUCGACGACGCAGACGCUCAACUGGAUCGUGAGGAGCGCCACCGAGGUCGAGACCAACAUCGUGUCGGUCGAGCGCGUCCAGGAGUACACCCAGCUCGAGCCCGAAGCGCCGCUCGAGGUCCCCGCCAACAAGCUGUCGCCCGACUGGCCGCAGCAGGGCGUCAUCCGCUUCGACCACGUCAAGGCGCGGUACCGCGAGGACCUCGACCUCGUGCUGCGCGACGUCAACUUCGAGAUCAAGGCAGGCGAGAAGGUCGGCGUGUGCGGGAGGACGGGCGCGGGCAAGUCGUCGCUCACCAUGGUCCUGUACCGCAUCGUCGAGCCCGAGGGCGGCGUCAUCUCUAUCGACGGCGUCGACGUCGGCAAGAUCGGCCUGCACGACCUGCGCUCGCGCCUCAGCAUCAUCCCGCAAGACUCGCAGAUGUUCGCCGGCACGUUGAGGCAGAACCUCGACCCGUCGGGCCAGGCGACCGACGCCCAGAUGUGGGCGGCUCUCGAGCAGUGCCGGCUCAAGGAGCACGUCGAGAGGAUGGAAGGCAAGCUCGAUGCCCAGAUCGACGAGGGCGGCACCAACUUUUCGAGCGGCCAGCGGCAACUCAUCUGUCUCGGUCGCGCGCUUCUUCGGCGCAGCAAGAUCCUCGUCCUCGACGAGGCGACGGCCGCCGUCGACGUCGAGAGCGACCGCGACAUCCAGACCGUCAUCCGCCGCGAGUUUGCCUCGUGCACCAUCUUCGUUAUCGCGCACCGGCUCAACACGAUCAUGGACUGCGACAAGAUCCUCGUCAUGUCGGCGGGCGAGGUGGCCGAGUUCGACUCGCCGGCCAACCUGCUCGCCAAGCCCGACGGCAUCUUCCGGGCGCUCGCCGCCGAAGCGGGCGUCAUCAAGAGCGGCGCCAACACGCCGAGGUUUGGCGGCAAGACGCCGAGGAGCGGCGCGAGGACGCCGGCGAGGAGGGAGUGAGCGGGACGAGGACGGAGGGUGGCUCGAGGGCGACUUAUGGUUCCUUCUUCCUGCAACGAUAUCCUUAUCUCUG